GUGAAAUGCCCUUAAAACUAUAAUCUCUUUGUAUUUAUUCCUAGAGAUUUUUUUUGAAGACAUGGCCUCCAGCACUGGCAAUGAAAAGAGUGUGAAUCCUGUGCUCAGAAUAAGUCAGCUUGACGCUCUGGAACUAAACAAAGCCCUGGAACAACUAGUAUGGUCCCAAUUUACCAGCUGUUUCCAUGGAUUUAAACCAGGGAUUUUGGCUCAUCUCGAACCAGAAGUAAAAGCAUUUUUAUGGCUUUUAAUGUGGAGGUUCACUGUCUGUUCCAAGAAUGCAACUGUUGGACAGGCUAUUCUGAAUAUUCAGUACAAGAAUAACUUAUCUCAGACAGAGAAAUACCAACCCCCGAGCAAACAGCAGAAGUUGUGGUAUCUUAUUCUCACUGUUGGUGGACGGUGGUUGGAAGAAAGAUGUUUUGACUUAUUCAGCAAUCGUCAGCUGGAAUCUUUCUGCARAAUUAAACACUGUAUUAACUUUGGAGCUGGGCUUCUUAAACUCUGUGGACUAUUAAAUUUUCUGAUCUUUCUUCAGAAAGGAACAUUUGCAACCCUAACAGAACGUAUUCUAGGCAUCAGAUCAGUUUUUUGCAAGCCUCAAAGUGCUCGUCAGAUAGGAUUUGAAUACAUGAACAGGGAGCUCUUAUGGCAUGGCUUUGCUGAGUUUCUGAUCUACCUACUACCACUUAUUAAUGUCCAGAAACUGAAACACAAACUUUCUUCUUGGGCUUUGCCUAUUACAGCUCUUUCCAAUAGUGAAAAUACGUUAACAGCUGCUUGCAAGGAGUGUUCGUUAUGUGGGGAGUGGGCAACCAUGCCUCACACCAUAGGCUGCUCACAUGUCUUUUGUUACUACUGCAUUAAAAGCAACUACUUGUUUGACAUGUAUUUUACUUGUCCUAAGUGUGGCUCAGAGGUACAGAGUAUUCAGCCACUGAAGUAUAGAAUAGAAAUGACAGAAUUGCAUACCUGAUGGAGGACUUGAUUCGUUUUUACAGUGUAUAUGAACUACCACAUUAGAGAUGAAAGGAGAAAAUCAGAAAUUAUUUUCAAUAGACAGCUUGAAAGAUGUUUUUGGAAAUUCUCUGAUUUGUUGUAACAUAUCAYGUAUUUACUGGUAUUAAGYUUUUUUUUUUUUUUUUUUAAGAAGUAACUACCAACUUGCCUCUCUUAAGAAAUCAAAAGAGAGAAGGUUGCCUGGUUGUCUUCCCUCUCUGACUACGUCAUUCCUGUUUGGGGCGUCCUAUAUUGAAGCUAUCAUUCUUGGAUACAGAGCCUGGCAGCAUGCUACUUCCUGGGCAUGCCUCAUUCUUCCCUCAGGCUGAGAGGAGGAGGUGCCCAAGGAACCUUUUUUCAUUUGGUGAUUUUUUAUUUUAUUUUUUUUUCCUCUGUUGUGUUGUACAAACCCAGUACUUACUAGCUAAUGGAUGGAUUUAGCGCAGAAGGUGCCCAUGCCUAAGGAACAUUUUUUUAGCCAUGUCUAGAGAAUAAUUUUACAUUGAUUACAAUUAUGAUGUUUCACUGGAAUAAUAAAAAAAAAAAAAGUGCAAAUGACAUGUCAUCUCAGUAGAUUGUUGAAAGUUUUCAGUGGAUCUGGCCCCUAUAAUCAACAGAUCAUAAGCUCUAAGUGAUUUGUUGUUAGAAAACAGAUUCUUUGUAGAUAAAUUAUUACAAGAGACAUAGUCAUUGCCUACUCAAAUACAAAGCACCUUCUGGAUCUUACAUUUUCUCACUUAGCUGUAUUCCUGCAGACUUUGGUGGGGACAGACACCAGUCUGUCACCCACCGUCAUGUUUUACCUGCGCUCUUCUGCUCUUGCCUCUGUAAAGAUGGAACCUGCAGUCUCCCAAGUCAGAGGUUAGGCAAAAAACUGCUCGCUAAGAAGAUGCUGUCGUGGGGAUUUGUCACACUUCUGUGGUGUGGUCAAUAGGG